UUUUUUGGAUACAACCCCUACCCUCAUACUAUCUAGCUGUUAUGUUGCCCUGGGCGGUGACGUAAGUAGGACGGAGAUCUAGUGAUAAAGGCCAAACCAGGUCUUGUCUGACUUUUUUUUUUUAAUAUUUUAUUUAUUUAUUAUAUAUGAGUACAUUGUAGCUGUCUUCAGACACACCAGAAGAGGGCAUCAGAUCUCAUUACAGAUGGUUGUGAGCCACCAUGUGGUUGCUGGGAUUUGAACUCAGGACCUCUGGAAGAGCAGUCAGUGCUCUUAACCGCUGAGCCACCUCUCCAGCCCCUUGUCUGACUUUUAAAGCUGCUAUCCAUUUCUUCAUUUAAACACUGAUGACCACUUGACAGCCUUUUACCAAUGACCCCACUGGUCUUCCAAUGACUUAAAGAACGUUCAAUCCUUUUUAGCCCUACCUUUCCACACAACCCCAAAUAGAUUUCCUUUGAGCCCUCCCUCAACAGAGAGUUGUUAAUCCUAGAAAUUCUUUAGUUCCCCUGAGGGUGGUGCUACCCAAUCUGCUGAAGCCUGUGUUUUGGAAGCCCCCCCUCCCCUUAUUUUAUUUUGUGUGUAGGGGGAUACACCCUCACCAUAGAACCUGUGUAGUUGUCAAAGGACAACUCUCUAGUGGAUUUUCUCCUCUUUCUACUAUGUGGGUCCUAGGUAUCAAAUUCAGGUCGUCAUGCUUGGUAACAAGUGCAUUUUUCCACUGAACCAUUCCACCAUCAUUAAAACAUCUUCCCUUUCUUUCUUUCCUUCUUUCUUCCUUCCUCUCUUUCUUUCUUUCUUUCUUUCUUUCUUUCUUUCUUCCUUCCUUCCUUCCUUCCUUCCUUCCUCCUCUUCCUUCCUUCUCUCUCUCUCUCUCUCUCUCUCUCUCUCUCUCUCUCUCUCUCUUUCUUUCUUUCUUUCUUUCUUUCUUUCUUUCAUUGAGGCAGGGUUUCAUAUAUCACAAGCUAACUUGGAAUUCACAGUGUGAGCGAGGGUGACCUUCUGAUUCUCUUGUCUCCACCUUCUGAAUUCUGGGACAGACACUAUAAUACAGCUACAACCUUAGUGCAGCCUCUUCUCCAGUCUGGUCUCCAGGAGGACCCCAGGAGCUUGAGCAUCAGAUGUUCUGAAGGGGGCGCGGGACGGGUAGGGGGUGGCGUUGAGACCUAUUUGCCUCAUUCUCUUCCUCCCAGAGGGGUGUGGGUUAAGAUCCUCAAGUUAGGACUGAAUCCUGGUGUCCCCGCUUUUCCAGCAGGUCUCAGAAAGUAGGCCUUUUCCCAGAGCACAGUGGCAGGGUAGUAUUUUCUUCGAAGCUUGCCUUUCACUCGACCUCGCUCAUAUUCCGCUGUCGCGGGGCUGUAGAAUGUCGGAGCGGGCAGGCCGAUCGGGAGUCCGGAGCAACCUUGGGAACCUGGCCUGCGAGAUAGAGAGCGCGGCCAUCCCCCUGGAAAGGCAAAUGAGACCGAGCGCUCUGUGAGGACUUCACUAGUUGCACAGCAGCCGAAGUACUCGAGGCGGCAGCCGGGAAUUGCUGGACCCGCAGCCACAGGAACGGACAGAUCGGCUGCAGCAGCGGUCCGCGCCUGUAGGCGGGGCGCAAGGAGUGAACUCCUAAUGCCAUUGGCCGAGGGGCGCGCCAUUACCGGCCUUCAUUGGCUGCUAGGAUAGAGGCCCCGCCCCGCAGCAUCUAAACUCUCUGGGUCGGAGCGCUCCCUGCGGAGACCUCGCGAGCGGGUUGCAGUAUGAGUCGCCAAUCGGACCUAGUGAGGAGCUUCUUGGAGCAGCAGGAGGCCCGGGACCACCGGGAGGGGGCAAUCCUCGCCCGUGAGUUCAGCGUGAGUGACACUCCAGCCAUCAAGCUUCUCAGCCAGGCGCUCCCCACGGCUGUCCAACUGUGCAAUGUGAAAGCCCUGCCUUUUCCUCUCAGCUCCCGGGGCGUCUUCUGCCACCAGCUCUCCGGUUUCCUCUCCCCGCACUUCUCUCACCCUGACUCUCUCCCAGCCUUUCGCACUCUGCCCGCAGGUGUCCAAAGGGUGAAGUCGGUCGCUGUCUGGGAGUAGCCAGACACUAUAGGUGUCGUUGUCGAGCUCCCGGAGCAAACCUUAUCCCAAGCGGGGCGGUGGUUUCCGCCGGGGAGGGAGGCAGCACACCUGCGCAGGACUCCAGUCCCCCACUCCUGGGUCACCUUGCAAUCCCUGGGAGGAAGUGGCUUGGGGCAACAGAAAGAGGAACAAGGAAACUUGUCGCCUAGCCUUUGGGCUCCAAGUUUCCAGGCUAAACUAGGGCUUUUCAGCGCUGUGGCCCUGGGAGCUCUGACCUCAGUUUCACCUGUUUUGAAUUGUGAUUGUUAAAAGCCAAGCCGGUCUGAAAAUGAGGUGAUUUGGGUAGAUGCACCUAGCACGUAUUGGACAUUCACUGGCUAGACAGGUACGUUUAACGGGGCUUACAGAAGUUGGUAAACGUUACAUCAGACCAAUCAAGUUUGUAAGAGGGAAUUCCACUCAGCCACGGCACACAACGUGUAUUGAAGUAUUUUAAAUAUAGUUGACGUGAUCCAAAUACGUAAUACUCUGUUAUCAAACUCAGAAAUAUAAACUAUAAAGAUAUAGAAAUAGAUGUGACGUUAAGUGAUCAUUUACAGCGUGGCAUGAUGGUAUAUGCCUGUAGUUCCAGCAGAUGACAGCCUAAAACAGGAGGAUAACAACGAGUUCAAUUCCAACCUGAGUUAAAUAAUUUGUGACCACUCUGGAGAUUGUCUCAAGAAAAUGAAAAAGAUAGUUUACACAAAGACCAAUAUGUAAACCAAUAACAGUACAGCACUGUGGUGGUACAGGUCUUUAAUCCUAGCACUUAGGGCAGGGGCAGAAGAUCUCUGUAAAUCUAAAGUCAGUCUGGUCUACACAGAGAACUCCAGGACAUCCAGGGCUAUGUAGGGAGACCUUGUCUCAAAAACAAACAAACAAACAAACAAACAAACAAAACCCAACUAACUAAGCAAGCAAAACAAACGACACAAAAUAGCAACAAACCAACCACAAUACCACAACAGAUACAACAAACACUAAUAAGUACCAAAUUUAUAGCAGGGUGAGGGUAGCACACAGAUUUAAUUUCAGCACUUGGCAAAGCAGAGGCAGGUGAAUCUCCGAGUUCAAGUCCAGCAUGGUCUGCAGAGUGAGUUCCAGGACUUCCAGGGCUACACGGGUCUGGGGGGGGGGGGAAGCAAAAAGAAAAGCAAAAAACAACAACAAAAGCCAAAAACCAAAACCAAAAAGCAAACAAAAAAAAUCAAACCAAAUUUAUUAAGUCCAUAAGUAAAUACACAACAGGCAUAUGGGCAGAUUAAAUAUGAAUCCAAAUAGUUUGCACAUGCAGAAUGCUGUAACAUAAGAAAUUUAUCAGCAUAAAAUAUAAACGUCGCAAGCAGGAAGCUGUGCCCACACAUGCAUGUGGUGUGUCUUUCGGGUUGAGGAGAGCAGUUCUGAGGGCUGCAUGCAGAGUCUUGCACUCACUCACUCCAGAACUUUGACUUUCCUACCGCUGUGAUUGAAACACCCACUGUAGGAAGAAGGUGUCUCUGGGGGCUGGAAUAACCUGAUUGGCAUAAGUAAACCACUUUGGAAUGGCGGCCCAGACACAACGGCAAUCAUCACAAAUAUGAACACCCAAUAGGAGUGAUACCUCUCGCUAGUUAUUAUAAUGUACCAGCUAUUAAGUACCUAUAGCAAUUUCUUACGUGUUAUAUAUUAUACCUCAUAUCUAUUAUACCUCAUAUCUAUGGCAUAUCAUGCUGCAUCUUGUAUAAGUAUUUAUUUUUAAUUUUUUAAAAAAGUUCAUUUUAUGUAUGUGAGUCCACUGUCACUGUCUUCAGACACACCAGAAGAGGUCAUCGGAUCCCAUCAUAGGUGGUUGGGAGCCACCAUGUGGUUGCUGGGAAUUGAACUCAGGACCUCUGGAAGAGCAGUCAGUGCUUUUAACCACUCAACCGUUUCUCCAGCCCACUAUUAUGUUUUUACGACAGGGUUUCAUGUAGUUCAGGCAGGUCUUGAAUUCAAUAUGCAGCCAAGGAUGACUUUGAACUUUGGUUUUUGUUUUUUAAUUAUGUAUGUGCGCACACUUAUUUUUUUGGGGGGGAGACUGUGGACAACCGUGAGAGUUAAUUUUACACUACUACCUUACCUUGUGGUGAAAGUCAGGUCAUCAGGCUUAGUGGCAAGUACCUGCACCAACUGAGGCAUCUCCCUUGCUCCAGUGUCCUUUGUUUGGGAGUGUGGGUUUUGUGUAGGCCACAGUACCUAUGUACAGGUCAGAGGACAACUUUCUGGUGUGGCUUCUCUCUCCUUAUGGUGUGGGAUGUGGGGAAUGAGUACAAAAUCUUCAGACCUGUGCAGAAAGUGCUUAUCGUAUGCACUGAACAAUCUUUUGGGUGCAAAGAAUGCAUAUGUUAUUAUCGCUAUUUAUAGUACACUGUAACACGGUUGAGUGUACAGGUCUGAGAGGUGGAGUGUGCAGGUUCAACCCUUUUUGGGGUACCUCCUCGUGGGACCUUUGGCAAGUUACUCAACCACUUCCUACAACAACGUUCUUCUGCGCAAUGAGGAGAGUGGAUAGUUGCCACUUGGGAUGCCGGAAUCCCCUAGCACUGAGUCUGGCUUUCACCUGCUGUCCUAGAUAUUAUCACACCCAUCCGACUACGGAUGGGUCUUGCUCUGUUCCUUCUGCUCACGGUGCCUCCCACUAGGACAUUAAGGCCCGCUCAGUGGCCUGGAAGACUGAAGGUGUGUGCUCCACUAAAGCCGGCAGUCAGCAGGGAAACUCAAAGAAGAACCGCUACAAAGACGUGGUACCGUAUGAUGAGACGAGAGUCAUCCUUUCCCUGCUCCAGGAGGAAGGACACGGAGAUUACAUUAAUGCCAACUUCAUCCGGAUGGAAGCCAGGCCUACAUUGCGACGCAAGGACCCCUGCCUCACACUCUGUUGGACUUCUGGCGCCUGGUUUGGGAGUUUGGAGUCAAGGUGAUCUUGAUGGCCUGUCAGGAGACAGAAAAUGGACGGAGGAAGUGUGAACGCUACUGGGCCCAGGAGCGGGAGCCUCUACAGGCCGGGCCUUUCUGCAUCACCCUGUGCUGGCUGUGGACGAACAGGUGUCUUGUGUGCUGUUGAUUACGUGAGGCAGUUGCUUCUGACUCAGACAAUCCCGCCCAAUUUCAGCCUCUUUGAAGUGGUCCUGGAGAUGCGGAAACAGCGACCUGCAGCGGUGCAGACAGAGGAGCAGUACAGGUUCCUGUACCACACAGUGGCUCAGCUAUUCUCCCGCACUCUCCAGAACAACAGUCCCCUCUACCAGAACCUCAAGGAGAACCGCGCUCCAAUCUGCAAGGACUCCUCGUCCCUCAGGACCUCCUCAGCCCUGCCUGCCACAUCCCGCCCACUGGGUGGGGUUCUCAGGAGCAUCUCGGUGCCUGGGCCACCGACCCUUCCCAUGGCUGACACUUACGCUGUGGUGCAGAAGCGUGGCGCUCCGGCAGGCACAGGGCCGGGGACGCGGGCGCCCAACAGCACGGACACCCCGAUCUACAGCCAGGUGGCUCCACGUAUCCAGCGGCCCGUGUCACACACCGAAAACGCGCAGGGGACAACGGCACUGGGCCGAGUUCCUGCGGAUGAAAACCCUUCCGGGCCUGAUGCCUAUGAGGAAGUAACAGAUGGAGCGCAGACUGGUGGGCUAGGUAAGUCAGAGCAUAGGAUGCAGCUUUGGAGAGCCCCAGGAUUUGGGGAGUUCGAGGGCACCGGAUUCAGGUUUCUCCUUCACAUACCUUCAUCUGGAGCGGGGCGGGUUUGGAGGAGGUUACCCGUUGACACCUCAGCCUCCGCAUGGAACCCUUCCUCCGCAUGGAACCCUUCUCCCCUUAGGCUUCAACUUGCGCAUUGGAAGACCUAAAGGGCCACGGGAUCCUCCAGCAGAGUGGACACGGGUGUAAUGAGUGCUGUACCAGUUCCAGCCUAUCACUCAGUGGUGGCUGGGCGACUGCAACCCCCAUGCUGCUGUGUGCUGUCUUAUGUAUGAGUGGGACUCAUGGGCCUGAAUCAAAAUAAAAGUUUCUCAGGGUAGAAAAAAACAAAUAGGGACUUUGGCCAGUGGUUAUAGCAGUCAAAGCCAGGGGCUAGGAGGGGUAAGUGGGGGAGGUGGUGGAUCUACUCUGAGAAAGUUUAGGAAAGCACAUCAAGAGUGAGCAUCGCCACUCUUCUCCCCAUACACCUACUGGAAAGUGCACCCCAGACAGAGUCCUAACUUGACAGUGCACCUCAGACAGGUGCCUACCUGGAUGGACAUGCUGGCCCUACAGCUAGAGACAUGUCUAAUUAGAUCCUCAUGUAAACUUGCAAUGAGCUAGAAAGAUCUCCGUCUGGUCAGGGAAAUGGAUCACCUAGUCAGGUAAAUAGUGUGCCAUCCAGAAGACAGAACUGCAAGAUACCGUCUUUCUCAAAAUGGAAGAAAAUAGAUCCUCAAGAAUAAAUGUAUGUACAAUGCUCUACGCCCUGAUCCUGCCCUGCCUCACUGCCAUAAUGUCACAAACAAGUCAGGGUCUAUAUGACAGUUGUUCAUCUAGUCAGUCCUGACUGUGGCCUCUGCAGGCUCAGAUAGUGCCUUCUGCAGACUCUUGGAAUGCCCGUCUUGAACUUGAUGAAAGCUUCUACCGGGAACUUGCAAACAUCAUUAAAAUUAUUAAUGUAGAAUUCAAUAAAGAGUGGGUCAAAAACUCA